UCUUUAAUGGAGUAUUCCUUAGGUAAUAAAAAUAGCGUUGCUUAUUUUUGUCUUGCGGUAGGCUACAAUAUUUUUGAAAGGAAAUCAACUAAAAUCUAACAGAGCCAUGUUAGUGGUAAUGUAAGUUGGCAGCUUGGAGGACUUAUUCUAUUACUUAUUUUGGAUAAGGUACAGGCGGAAAGAAAAUUGAGUCCAGUCUUGGGUACCGGAAGUUUGGGGAAGUAGAUCGAUGUUACUUCGCUCGUUAGGGAGCAGUCAAAUAAUUUUGUUUUCAAAUUAUUCUGCGCUUUUACAUAAGUAUAUUUAUAGCCAUGGAUGCAUGUGGACUAUCUAAAGACAUCAAUGAUCCAGUUCUCAGACUUUCUUCUCUGCACCUCCUGGUUCCACCCUUGCGGCUCCUGUCUGCUGCCAUGUGGCAGGUGGCUCAGCAAAGAGAUGUGAGCCACUAUGAGAAGUUGGAGGAGUUUGUGACUCUGGUGACAGAGGCCAUUCCAGAGCUGCUGAGCCACAGACAUAGAGCUCAGCUCAUUCUAGGUCUGAGAGCACGGCUGGUUCUGGAGCUGUGCCGAGGCCCUGCCGACCCUCAAACCAUCCAACCUUACCUGGACAGAAUGCCCACUGUUACUCCAGGAUGUACAGGAUACAGAGACGCAGAGGUGGAAGCAUCUGAAUCAAAUUUUGUGGUGCUUGUCCAAUCACUGCUAAAGGACCCAGUCGAGAGGGAAUGCUUCUUUCAGGAGGUGUUCCCGGAACAAUAUGGCCGACAUUAUGACACAGCGGUGCAGACAUUAACAUGGGAGUUCCUCUCCAGACUGGAACAACUGUUUCCAGUACCAGACCUCAAGCAGACGGCGACAUGGCUCAGCUCUGCACCUUCAGUCCUGGAGGAGUGUAUGCAGUCUACCCCAGAGAAUCUGAACCUCAUUCUCCAGCACCAUAAGAGUUUUGGACAUUUAAAAGAACCUUCUGCUCUCUCCUCCUCCAUGGGCGACAACAUCCUUUCCUCUCUGUCCACCCCUAAAAUGGUGGUCACCACUGAGCCGACCACUUUUGUAAUCCGGUCAGAGUCGUCACAUAACUCGGCGGACGCGCUGGGCCCCAUGUCUUUAGAGGACACUGAUGCGGUAGUGGUAACAGUUUACACUGAAGUGGAGGUUGGAACAGAGGUGGAAGAAGAGAUUGUAGAGACGAUGAACGAGGAAUACGUACCGUCAAACGCCUCUCCACUGCGGGAGGAGGUGGUUGAACUUAAAGCUGAGGAUAUGAAUCUGGAGAUGACAGUCGUUGAAGAAUAUGGCUACGUGGGGGAGGAGAUGAGUGCAGCCGAGGAAGAGAUGGACACAGUGAGUGUUCCAGUGGAGCAAGCCGAUGAAGCCGUUAAUAUCAGUGAAGACAUUGGAACUGGGACAGAGACUGUAGCAGUCAAAACAUAUGUCCAAGAUGAGGUGGUGGCAGAUCAGGAUGGCCAAUCAGAGACUGUGAAUGUAUGUGUGAACCAGGAAGGGAAGGACACGUCCCAUGUAGUCAACUUUCAAACCCAACAACCUGCGACGUCAAAUGUGAGGCGGUCUACACGGCUGCAGUCGAAGACACCAAGAACUUGGAGGAGGAAAAAUAACACUGAGAACAAGAAAAACGGUGAGGCCUCAAGCGUGGUUUAUGUCAUCUCACCCAGGGGAAGAGAAGCCGGUGGAUCUGACAAGGUGACCCCCUUUACCUGCCCUAAGUGUGCCUACCACAGUCUGGAGGAAAAGAGCCUUCACCUCCACAUGCAAAGCAUUCACACAGAGGAGUACAACAAGCCCAAUGUGUCUGGGAAAAACAGAGCAGAAGUUUCACCAUGUCCCGACAACACUCGCCAGAUAUUCACAUCAAUCAAACCUCUCCUUUCUUCAAAAACUUUAACAACUGAAAACUCUGAGAAUCAAACCGGUAAUGCUGGGACUCCCACCAAAGCAAAAGGCUACCAUAAGGCCCACACAUGCGCCACGUGCGGUAGGAUCUUCACUCGCUCCUCAGAUGUGAGGAGACACCAGCUCACCCACACGGGUGAGAGACCUUUCCACUGCUCUCAAUGCGACAGGACCUUCCAGCAUUCGUGGGACCUGACCAAGCAUGAGAAGAAACAUGGUGGGACAUCUAUCUCUUUCCCCUGCCAGAAGUGCGGGAGCUCCUUUGCCAACCUCCGCUCUCUGACAGCCCACCACAGAAGUUCCCACCUGGGCGAGAGCGACCUGCCCCACCUCUGCUCCAUCUGUGGCAAGAGCUUCCCCUCCUCCUCUGAGUUGCUGGAGCACAGGAAGAGCCACGGGACCAGCCUCCAGUACAUCUGCCAGCAGUGUGGCGAAAGCUUCCACUCCCUGCUGGCUCGCUCCCAACACCGGCAGACCCACCUGGUAAAGCGGCAGUUCAAGUGCCCGCACUGCGACAAGAGCUAUACGCGCAAAGCUGAUGUGAAGAGGCACAUGUUCUCCCACAGCGGCGAGCGACCGCACCAGUGCAACCAGUGUGGGAGAUGCUUUUCCUUCCUCUUCCUGCUCAAGAAACACCAAAUAGUUCACACGGGCGAGAGGCCUUUCCAGUGCUCCUACUGUCCCAAGAGGUUCACAUUGAUAUCCAUCCUGAGCAGACAUGAGAGAAUGCACACCGGGGAGAGACCCUUCCUCUGCUCUCAGUGUGGGAAGAGCUUUCUGUCCCAGGGGGAGCUGUCCAAGCACCACCGCUCCCACACUGAUGAGAGACCGUACGCUUGCAAUCAGUGUGACAAGAGGUUUAAGAGCAAAAAAUCCCAACAAGAACAUAUCAUCUCCCACACCGGCGUGCGCCCUUACCCUUGCUCUUAUUGUGGGAAAGGGUUCACCAAACCAUACGCUCUGACCAGGCACCAUCUCAUACACACAGGGGAAAGACCAUUCCCCUGCGUCCACUGUGGGAAGACAUUUCUCACCCCCGCAGAGGUACAACUACACAUCCGCAUUCACACAGGGGAACGCCCUUACCCCUGCCCUGAUUGUCAGCUGAAGUUUAGGAGUUCGUCAGACUUGGCACGACACAAACGCUUUCAUACAGGGGUGCAGACAUUUGUCUGUAACCAGUGUAUGAAAAACUUUCCCACCUCGUCCAAACUGAAGAAACACAUGGAGAACCACUCAGAGACAGAGGCAGUCCAGAGCUCAGACUUUGGAGAAAAUUCAAACCAAGGUGAACGUGGAAAGAGGAAGCUGGCAGAUCGUUGGGAGAACAACCUCUAUAUUGUUACGGAGAAGAAUAUUGACAUCCACAUCUUCAAGAUACAGAACAUGUCGACUGGCCAGGAGAAAACGGUCCACCGUAAUCUGAUAAUGCCUGUAAACUUUUUGCCUCUCCCUGACACUGCCUUGGAGACACCGAAUACGGGAGACCGUGAGGAUCCGAAUGAGGAGAUGGAGGACUCAUCCAGGAACGAUAUACAAGAAAUGGACAUUGGUGAGAGGACUAGUGCGGGGGUAUCAGAACAGACCUCGGGGAAGAACAGCCGGAGCACGCUGAAAAAGAAACCCCAGAUGUGCUGGAAGAUGGGCCACUGGCGAGGGACCCUCAGAACUCACCACAUUCUGAGGGUGCCACUGGUGGCACAAGCAUGUCUCCCUCUCCUCUCCCUCUGCCUCUUGGUUCCACCCAUUCAGCUUAUGUCAGCGUCCAUAUGGCAGGUGGUGCAACAGCGAGAUGCCAUGAAUUAUGCAAUGCUGGCGGAGUUUGUCUCCCUGGUGACAGAGAUGGUCCCGGAGUUGCUGAUCUAUAGGCACAGGGCCCAACUUAUUUUGGGAUUGCGAGCAAGGCACAUUCUGGAGUUGUGUCGCAGUGAGCAUCCUGUAGAACCUCAGGUCAUCUUAACCCAGCUGUACAUGAUUCAACCACUUUCCCACUUCAGUAAUGAUGUAAGUGACACAGAGGUGGAGUCGUCAGAGACUAAUUUUCUGGAGCUGGUCCAGACCCUGCUUAAAGACCCUGAUGAGAGAGAGCAUUUUUUCACAGAGAUAUUCCCAGUGGAGUAUGGACCACAAUAUGACAUCGAGCUGCAGACUCUACUGUGGGAGUUCCUGUCCAGAUUGGUUCAACUGUUACCGACCCCUGACCUCGCACAGACAAUGGCAUGGCUCGGUACUGCCCCCUCAGUCUUGGAUGAUUGUGCCCAUGUUAUAUCUCAUCCAGCAGAUCUGAAGAGUCUGCUCCAGCACCAUAAACGUCUUGGACAUUUGGAGCAACAUGUACCCCCCUGCGCCAUGGGAGACUGCAUCUUGUCCUCUCUCUCCAUCCCGCCACACAGUAGAACGGUGAUCAGCACUGAGCAGACCACCUGUGACAACCAGUCAGAACCCUCGCAGGAGUUUGUGGAUGACUUCGAGGUGGAAAUUGUAACUCUGACAGAUUAUGAAGAGGUUGAAUUAGGUUUGAGUCAGGAGGAGGUGGAGGAUGGGAACAAUGACGAAGGACAGACCAUGGAGGACAAGGAAGAAGAGCCUAAAGAAAUGCCCGUUGAAGAAGUGGAGGAAGAGGAGAAAGUGAUGGAGGACCAUGAAGAGAGGGGCUUGGAGAACAACUCGCAUCUAGAAGAAGCCGAGGAUGACCCAGCAUCCUCCCAUAACCAAACAUCCUCUGGGCCACACAUCUGCUCAGUCUGUGAGAAGAGCUUCAAGUUUGCCUCUGCACUAAUAGCCCACCAGGUCAUCCAUACAGGAGAGCGCCCGUAUGUGUGCCAUCUGUGCGGCCGGUGUUUCUCCUUCAGGCAGUCUCUGGACAGGCACAAACAAACACAUAAGGAUGGGCGCGUUUACGACUGCUUGAUCUGUGGAGAGACCUUUCAGUCCUUGUCAGCCCGCACAGAGCACAAGAAGAGCCAUAUGGAGCAAGGCGCUUACCAGUGCUCACAGUGCGACAGGAAGUUCAACUGGGCGUCGGCUAUGGUGAGACACCUGAAGGCUCACACAGAGGGCACUGAGGUCAAAACGCAGGAACUUACAAAAAGCCUGAAGUCUGAGGAAGAGGAUAUAGGGACUAAAGAGAUUGUAGGAGAGGUGGCUAUUGAACCCCCUGAAACAGACCCGGUGUUGGAGGAUGGAGGGAAAUCCUGUCACAAUCCACAGGAAGGAGCGGGUCUCAAACAACAGGAAGGAGAUGGUCAGUCUGGUCAGUCCACUUUGUCUGAGCCUACAGUGUUGGUGCCUGGACUUCUGGACAAGGUCGUAACACUUGUCAAGGUCCGUACCAGUGGUAGGAAAACGAAACCGACCUUGAAGGUGCAGAUGGUGAACCUGCAGAAGCUCAAGGGAAAGGUUGCCACCCCAAAGAGGAGGACGGGUGGAAGCUUGAUGAACCCCCAGGGUUUCACACCAUUGCAUUUUAAGAGUGAGGAACACUCCUAUGGCUCACCAGUGGUCUCAACAAAGGAAGGAGAUACAGGGUGGUGUCCAUUCUCCUGUCCCGAGUGCUCAUUCGUCAACUCAGACGAGGCGUCCGUCCAGCAGCAUAUUGAGACGAACCACUCGGGGGAAGUACAGGAAGACGCUCCGUCCGCUCCGCACCAAACAGGCCAAGCUGGACACUAUGAUUGCCCAGACUGUAACAGCAGCUACAAGUUUCAGUCCUUACUGAAAUACCAUCGGCGCGUACACACCGGCGAGCGCCCAUACGUGUGCCCUCAGUGCGGACGCCGCUUCUCCUUCAAGCAGUCACUAGAGAGGCACAAACAGACACACAAGGAUGGGCGCAAGCAUGACUGUCUGAUCUGUGGGCAGAACUUCAAGUCCUUGUCAGCGUACACAGAGCACAAGAAGAACCACAUGGAGAACGGUGUGUAUCGGUGUUCGGAAUGCGACCGGCGGUUCUCCUGGAAGUCUGCGCUGGUAAGACACCUCCGGACUCACACAGAGAACGCCACCGAGGCUGAGCUCUCUUACAAAUGCCCAAGGUGUGACUUGGGAUUCAGCAGUAGUACGUACCUUAACAGGCACCUGCUCACACACCAAGAGGAGAGGUUGCAUGUCUGCAGCUGUGGCAAGAACUUUGCCUACAAGGCUGCUCUGACCGCACACCAGCGCACCCACCUGAAAGAGAGGCCACACCAGUGCAAGCAGUGUGGAAAGGGUUUCCUCUACAAGGGAGGGCUGGUAAGUCACAUGAAGAUCCACUCUGAAGAAAUGCCUUUCAUGUGCUCAUUCUGUGGGAAGAGCUUCAAGAGGGAGAGGAACAUGAAGAAACACGAACGCUGCCACACCAGAGAGAACGUGUUCAGCUGCUCGCAGUGCGACAAGACCUUUGUGUACAAGGCCACACUGACCAGGCACGAGCUAACCCACUCGGGGGAGAGACCGUUCCUGUGCUCCGAUUGUGGCAAAGGGUUUUUCUCCCAUGCGGAGCUUCUAAAGCAUGAGCGCUUCCACACGGGCCACAAGCCGUUCCAGUGCUCCCACUGUGGGAAGCAGUUCACCCAGUCCUGCUACCUGACCAUUCACCUGCGCUACCACACAGGGGUACGGCCUUACUCCUGCACCCAUUGUGACAAGAGCUUUCUCAGCGCCAACCGUCUAAAGAGACACCUAAGAACCCACACAGGAGAGAAACCCUACCUGUGUUCAGAGUGUGGCAAAGGGUUCAAACAGUCAUAUCACCUCAAGAUGCACCAGCAGACUCAUGCCACUAAGAUUUACUGAGGCAUGAUUGUGUCUCUGUCAAGACUUCAGUCAAAUGAUUUGGUAGAAUGUAAUGGUGAGUUAGCUGUCGACUGUGUAGACAACCAGGAGUGUUAAAAUAUAAAUACUGAAUAAAAAUAUAAAUUCAAUAUGCAACAUAUUCAAAGAUUUUAGUGAGUUACAGUUCAUAUAAGGAAAUCAUUCAAUUGAAAUAAAUUCAUUAGGCCAUAAUCUAUGGAUUUCACAUGAAUGGGCAGGGGUGCAGCCAGGGGUGGGCCUGGGAGGGCUUAGGACCACCCACUGGGGAGCCAGACCCAGCCAGUCAGAAUGAGUUUUUCCUCUCAAAAGGGCUUUAUUACAGACAGAAAUACUCCUCCAUUUCAUCAGCUGUCUGGGUGGCUGGUCUCAGAUGAUCCCGCAGGUGAAGAAGCCAGAUGUGGAGGUCCUGGGCUGGCGUGGUUUGCGGUUGUGAGACUGCCAACAGCUCUGGUGGACAUUGCUGCAGUCAGCAUAACAAUUGCACGUUCCCUCAAAACUUGACGCCUCAUCUGUGGCAUUGUGUUGUGACACAACUGCAAAUGUUAAAGUGGCCUUUUAUGGUCCCCCGCAGAAGGUGCACCUGUGAGCUCCCAUCAGAUCCUUGGGCUACCGAGUGGCACAGCGGUCUAAGGCACUGCAUCUCAGUGCUAGAGACGUCACUACAGACCCUGGUUCAAUCCCGGGCUGUAUCACAACCGGCCGUGAUCGGGAGUCCCAUAGGGCGGCGGACAAUUGGCCCAGCGUCUUCUGGGUUAGGGGAGAGUUUAGCUAUCAUUGUAAAAUAAGAAUUUGGUCUUAACUGACUUGCCUAGUUAAAUAAUGAUAAUGCUGUUUAAUCAGCUUCUUGAUAUGUCACACCUGUCAGGUGGAUGCAUUAUUUUGGCACGGUAGAAAUGCUCCCUAACAUGGACGUAAACAAUUUUGUGCAUGAAAAUUGAGAGAAAUAAGUUUUUUGUGAGUAUGAAACAUACCUGGGAUUUUUAAUUUCAGCACAUGAAACAUGAUUACACGUUUAUAUUUUUGUUCAGUAUAUUAGUGAUAAUUCCUAAUCUAAGGAUUCAUGAAAUGCAUUUGAAUUCUUUCCGGCUUUCCUCAGCUGAAAUAAUGAUAGAAAUACUGUGUCGUUACUCAUCAAGGCACAUACAGCUCUUCUGUGAGCUGAAUCACUCAUGUGACACAACUUUGGCCUGGAUUUAAUCUGUAGAGCCCUGGCUGCAAUUAAUCCCGGACAAAAUUUUGUUUUUGGUUGAUUAUAACAAUGUAGAAGUACUAAAAGAAUUGUGCCUCGUAUCCUUCUGCUAAAAUGCAUUUCAUAUGUAUAGUACAUUGUAUUUUCAGAGUUGUAGCUCAAAUGAGUUUAAUGAAGAGACUUCAAUGAACAAUACAAAUUGUUACUGUCUUUUAAUGAAAACCUCAACUUAAAACCUAAUAAAAAAAGUAAACUCAA